CUCAGCAGCAACACCCACGACAGCCAUAUCCGAGCGACUAUGAUCCAUCACUGGAGAGUGCUCGCCAUGGUCCGUUCCAUUCGAGAGAAAACAUCCUGCCAUCUGGUUACCGAGGCCCUAACGCCCAUUCUCAGCUUCCUUCGCAGUCGCAUGAUGAGUCUUUGGUGCAUCAGAAUUAUUCCCGACAGCGUCCUCAGGGAUUUAUUCCAAAUGCAUCGCAUCAUCCUCAAUCCUAUCCGCCUCGUUCACAGCAGCAUCCGAACAUGCCGCACCAUCCUGGACAGUAUCAGCAGCAGCAGCACUCGACGUCCACGCUUUUAGACAAUCACUCUAAUAACCCAUCCAAUGCUAAGACACCGAACCGACGAGGACCAUAUCUAUCGCGUCAGAGAGCACUCCUUGCAGGACUGGAGACGAUCCCGCUUGGGUGUCGGUACCAGUGUCAGUAUUGCAGCAAGCGGUUUAGUCGGCCGAGCUCUCUUAGAAUUCACACUUAUUCGCAUACAGGCGAGCGUCCGUUCAAGUGCUCCGAGGAAGGUUGCGGACGACAGUUCUCUGUCCAGAGCAAUAUGCGUCGUCAUUUGCGAGUCCAUCGUCUGGGUCGCAUACGUAGUGACGGUUUGACUCAGGACGAUUAAUCCACUACCAUUUUAUUCUUUUUUUUUACACCAAUCUAUGCGUCAACAAAUCCAGUUGUUCGCAUGCAACUUCUGUGUAGUAUAGAAAUUCGUUCUUUGUUUGCUUUGUAGUAAUAGAUAAAUCUCUACCCACCCCAUGAGAAGAAGGAUAGACGAUCAGAAUGUUUGCGGAGUUGUUCACCGUUGACGAGUGCGUCCUUCUCAGCAUUCCUAGAAGACUAAGUCUAUCUGUGUGUCCCAAAGGAGGGAGAGUGAGUGAG